CCAUUUCUCAUCACGUGUGUACAAAGUCGGACGGAAAAGCGUAAUUAAUCCUGUCUUCAAACCUCGAAGGCACAGGCAGCCAUGCCGCCUCAGCCAGGCAUCUUUGAGUUUAGCGACAUAAACCCCACAGAGUACCCACCACCACCGCCGCCACUUCCAGUGCCCCCCACGUCUUCCCACAACCCACGGCGAAAGCCUCGGACAACAGGAGGUGGGGGUUCACAUCCCCUCGCUCCUGCACACGAUAUCGACUACCGCCAACCGUCACACCAUCCACAAAGCCAUCGUCACCAUCCCAACCCAAUCUAUGAUGCUGCAGUCCCCUUCUCACGUCGCCAAGUAUCACCCCAUCGCUCCGAGCCCCGCUCUACCCAUGCCAUGCCACCACAAUCUUCUUCCCUCCACUCUUUACACCCGUCACGGGCACACCAACCAUCGAUAGAUGACCCUUACACAGAUGUAUAUGUCCCCUCCCGGGGCCCACGCGAGCGGGAAGUACCUUCUUCCAUGAUGGACGAUGACUCGCCGUCCAUGAAUCCUGCGGGUCGCGAAUAUAUUGAUCGACAGCGUAAUGGCAGCGUUAACGGUGUAUCUUCCAAGUCAAGUCGGUAUACUGCUCAACAACAGAGCAAUGGGGUGCCCCUGACACGAGAUUAUGCUCAGCCCAUGGAUGUGGACAGAUCUGGUUAUGGCGGUUCGAGCAGUCGGUAUGCAGUUUUGUCCAGUAGGUCGAGCAAGAUUCAGGAUAGGAAUGGGGGAGGGGUCCAUAAGCAGCGUGCUGGGACAGCGGAACCGGAUCCCAAGCGGACGUCCAAGAUAAAACGAGAAGUUGCAGACCGGGUAGCAAAAUACUCGCGCGACAUUUUCGAACGACGUGACGAUGUAUAUACGUCGGGUCUCAAUUCCCUCGCAAACCUCUCUAGACGACUCCAUCAAUCACCCAGCACUUCACCUUUCUACGCCAUUCGCUUAUACCCAAUUGCCCUCGAACGAGCAGCAUUACUUGAUGCAAUCUCGCUAGAGAGUCAAUAUGCACUUGAUAGUAUCCAAAACCUAUGGAGGGCCGAGGUCAACCAAAUCGAGGAAGAAUUCAGAAGAAGCAAAACACGUUUACGAGAAAGGGUCAUGGAGGGACUUGAGGAGCGCCGGAGGAGAGCAAGAGAAGAGAAGGACGGUGACGGGACAGUCGUCGUUGAAUCAUCGCUAGAGGCAACUGCAAGUGUUUUGUCCCGGCCGGUAGGCUCAACGACGCCAAAACCGCCUUUCGUACUCUCAGCGCCUAUUCCAUAUGGCUUGUCACCCGAUGAUCUUGCUUCACCUUUCCCCCUUUCCCUCAAUUCCACUAUCUUUUCAUCUUCACAUAACUCUUCCGGCGCCGGCGCCGGCCGGAAGCCGCGCCUCAACCGUACUAGUGGUAAAGAGCCGCAGCUGACGCUUGGUAAGGCGAUCGCCGGCAUUAUCGGGUCGAAGGAGGGGGAAAUAGACCACGAUCUUGGUGAAAUUAGACGGGCUGUCAAGAGACGGAGAGCGGCUGCCAAGGCUGCUGGUGCACCAGCGGCGUGAUGAGUCGCGGUGGGUCUUAAGAGUGAUUUAUUGCCCUGGUUGUGUAAUCAUUGGACUGCUUUUUGUGUGGAUAUUUUUCUUGGGUGGGUUGUAAUACUUUAGUAGUGUACGAGCUGCUGUGUUAUAUCGAUGGUACACCUGUCGACAUUAAUGGCUU